AUGGCCUCGCGCAUCAUUAUAGAAGUAGUCGACCCAUUCGACCUCCUGCGCGGCCCGCAAGUGACAAUCAAGUCCAAGGUCGACAAAAACAACGACACAGGGGACACAGACAAAGUGCGGCGACAGGCUGUACGGGCCGCGAUGAAGCACGCCUGGGAUGGAUACAGCAAGUAUGCGUUUGGCCACGAUGAACUGCAGCCUGUGAGCAACAUGAGUAACGACAAGUGGGGCGGCUGGGGUGUCACUUUGAUCGACUCUCUGGAUACCUUGCAUAUAAUGGAGUUGUACGAGGAGUUUAGGCAGGCAGUCACGCAUGUUGCCGGCGUGGAUUUCUCGCAUGCGCAGGAUGGAUUCACGACGCCGUUUUUUGAGAUGAUCAUCCGGUCGCUGGCCGGCCUGCUGUCUGCCUACGAGAUGAGCCUCGACCGGAGAUUGCUCGAGAAGGCAAAGCAGGUGGGCGACGCGCUGCUGCCAGCAUUCAACUCAUCGACCGGUAUUCCAUAUUCCCGAGUAGACGUCAAUGCCGGCCGGGCCGCUCCCUCCAACCGCGUGUGUAUUGCAGAGGCUGGCACUGUGCAGCUCGAGUACUGGAAGCUCUCAGAGCUCACUGGGAAUCCCAUCUACCACAAGACCGCACAGCGCGUGGUUGACAUUCUGGACAAGGCCGAGAAGCCGCACAGGGGCUUAUAUCCGAUUUGGAUUGACAUUGGAACUGGCAAGAUGAACAGUGGCCAGAUCACCUUUGGCGGGAUGGGCGACAGCUGGUACGAGUACAUGCUCAAGCAGCAUAUAUACAGUCGCGGAACCCACAGCCAGUAUUCGCGCAUGUACGAGGAGUCCAUUGACGCGAUGAAGGAGAAGAUGGUUAAGAAGUCGGUUUUUGACCCCGACAUGUACUACGUCGGUGAUCUGGAUUCGUCGGCCACUCGGUUCAGCCCAAAGUUCCAGCAUCUCACGUGCUUUGUACCUGGAAUGCUCGCACUAGGGAGCAAGACUUUGGACCGCCCUGACGACCUGGAGUUGGCCAAGAAGCUGACAUACACCUGCUUCCAGAUGUACAACAAAACAAAGACUGGUCUCAGCGCUGAGUACGUGUUGUUUAGGGACGAAAGCGGCAAGGGUCUUACGGGCAAAGGCACUGAUGACUUUGCCACGGUGGAUCUCGACACCGCAACGAUUGCCGAGCAGGGCGACGGCUUUUAUUUCGGCAACGACAGGAGUUAUAUACUGCGGCCGGAGACCGUCGAGAGCCUGAUGAUUAUGUAUCGCAUUACCGGCGAUAAGAUCUACAAGGAGUGGGGAUGGCAGAUAUUCUUGGACAUUGAAAAAUGGACCAAAACGAGCUCAGCGUAUUCGGCAUACCACGAUGUCACAUCGACCAAGCGCAAUGAGAUGCUGACUGACUCUAUGGAGUCUUUCUUUUUGGCAGAGACACUGAAGUAUCUGUAUCUGUUGUUCUCGCCUGUCAACUACUACUCUCUUGACGACUACGUCUUCAACACUGAGGCACAUCCAUUCAAAAUAAUGAGUUAA